UUCCAGGGAUGGAAGCGGUGAAGAAGGCGGCCAUGGAGGCUGGGGCUUUUGGAUGCACCAUUAGUGGAGCAGGGCCUACAGUAGUGGCGGUGAUUGAUGAUGAGGAGAGGGGGAGGGAGAUUGGGGAUAGGAUGAUUGAAGCCUUUAUCAAGGAAGGGAACUUGAAGGCAUUAGCAAUGGUGAACAGGCUUGACAGGGUGGGUGCUAGACUUGUAACUAGCAUUCCUAGAUGAUUUUGAUCAUCAUGAAUAACAAACAACAAAGGAAAGGACCCCCAUUCAGUGCAUGGUGGGUGCUCUGUGUGUGUGUGUUUUGAACCA